CGGGGUGAUGCUGCAGGAGCAGCAGCGGUGGGCCGGGGGCUGCCGGGCGGGGACCGGAGCUGCGCGCGGGCCAGGCAGGAGCUCGGCCUCGGAGAGGGAUGCCUCCUGUCUCGAACCACAGGAACACCCACCGGCCCCCCCUACGAUGAUCCCCCCGGCGAGCAGCACCCCUCCAGGAGAGGCCCUGUUCUCCAGUUUGGCUCCUCAGGACUUCUGGAGGUCUCCGCUCUCGGGCUACUCGGGGUCCGUGACCCGGCAUAUCAGCCACCGGGCCAACAACUUCAAACGACACCCCAAGAGGAGGAAGUGCAUUCGCCCUUCCCCACCCCCACCCCCCAACACCCCAUGUCCGAUCGAGCUGGUGGACUUCGGGGACCUGCGCCCCCAGCGGUCCUUCCGGGAGCUGCUCUUCAACGGCUGUAUUCUCUUUGGCAUCGAGUUCAGCUAUGCCAUGGAGACGGCGUACGUGACCCCUGUGCUGCUCCAGAUGGGCUUGCCCGACCAGCUCUACAGUCUGGUGUGGUUCAUCAGCCCCAUCCUCGGAUUCCUACUGCAGCCACUGUUGGGUGCUUGGAGUGACCGAUGUACCUCAAGGUUUGGAAGGAGACGCCCUUUCAUUCUUGUCCUGGCUAUAGGGGCGUUGCUGGGCCUGUCGCUCCUGCUCAACGGCAGGGACCUGGGCACGGCGCUGGCCGACUCGGCCGACGACCACCGGUGGGGCCUGCUGCUCACCGUGUGCGGGGUGGUGCUGAUGGACUUCAGCGCCGACUCUGCCGACAACCCCAGCCACGCGUACAUGAUGGACGUGUGCGGCCCCGCCGACCAGGACCGCGGCCUCAACAUCCACGCGCUCCUGGCAGGCCUCGGAGGAGGAUUCGGAUAUGUGGUCGGGGGCAUCCACUGGGACAAAACCAGCUUCGGGAGAGCCCUGGGGGGGCAGCUGAGGGUAAUCUACAUUUUCACCGCCGUCACCCUGAGCAUCACCACCGUCCUGACCCUGGUCAGCAUCCCCGAGAGACCCCUGCGGCCCCCCAGCGAGAAGAAGGCCACCAUGAAGAGCCCCAGCCUCCCGCUGCCGCCCUCCCCGCCGCGGCUGUGUGAGGAAGGGCCCGGCGAGCCCCUGCCCUGCCCCCCGGCCACCAGCCUGUACGCCAGCUUCUCCAGCCCCAUCUCCCCGCUCAGCCCGCUCACGCCCAAGUACGGCAGCUUCGCCAGCAGGGACGGCUCGCUGACGGGCAUCAACGAGUUCGCCUCGUCCUUCGCCACCUCCAACAUCGACAGCGUGCUCAUCGACUGCUUCACGGGCGGCCCCGACCCCUACCUGGCCAUCCCCGGCAGUGCCCCGCGGCCGGCCAUCAGCGUCAGCUUCCCCCGGGCCCCCGACGGCUUCUACCGCCAGGACCGCGGCUUCGGGGAGCGGCGGGAGGCAGCCUUGGCCGCAGGCCCCGACGGGGACGUGCUGAGGGUGGGCUCCCUGGACACCCCCAAGCCGCGAUCGGCCGGGAUCCUGAAGAGACCCCAGACCCUGGCCAUCCCGGACGCGGCCGGAGGAGGGGGUCCCGAAACCAGCCGGAGGAGGAAUGUGACCUUCAGUCAGCAGGUGGCAAAUAUCUUACUGAAUGGCGUGAAGUACGAGAGCACGCUGGCGGGCUCCGGCGAGCCGGCGGGGCAGCCUCUGUCCAUGCGGCACCUGUGCUCCACCAUCUGCAAUAUGCCCAAGGCCCUUCGCAAUCUCUGCGUCAACCACUUCCUGGGGUGGCUCUCGUUUGAGGGGGUGCUGCUCUUCUACACGGACUUCAUGGGCGAGGUGGUGUUUCAGGGGGACCCCAAAGCCCCGCACACGUCGGAGGAGUACCAGAAGUACAACAGCGGCGUCACCAUGGGCUGCUGGGGGAUGUGCGUCUAUGCCUUCAGUGCUGCCUUCUACUCAGCUAUUCUCGAGAAGCUGGAAGAAUACCUCAGCACCCGCACGCUGUACUUCAUUGCCUAUCUGGCCUUUGGCCUGGGGACCGGGCUCGCCACCCUGUCCAGGAACCUCUACGUGGUCCUGUCCCUGUGCAUAACCUACGGGAUUUUAUUUUCCACCCUGUGCACUCUGCCCUACUCCCUCCUCUGUGACUACUACCAGAACAAAAAGUUCGCAGGGUCCAGUGCGGACGGCACCAGGCGGGGCAUGGGCGUGGACAUCUCCCUGCUGAGCUGCCAGUACUUCCUGGCCCAGAUUCUGGUCUCCCUGGUGCUGGGGCCUCUGACCUCGGCUGUGGGCAGCGCCAACGGGGUCAUGUACUUCUCAAGCCUGGUGUCCUUCCUGGGUUGCUUGUACUCCUCCCUGUGUGUCGUUUAUGAAAUCCCUCCCAGCGAUGCCACCGAGGAGGAGCACCGGCCCCUCCUGCUGAACGUCUGACACGCCAGAGCCCGGCUUUGGCCUCGAGCCUGUGCCUGGGGGCGUGCAGCAGUCCGGCCGGUGGGAAACCCAAGGCCUUGGUGGACGCAGGAAGGUCUCCCGUGGAAUGUACAUAUGUGAUAAAACAAUAAACGGCAGCAGCGAA